CAAACAAAUUGUAAAUUUGUAAUUAUACAGUAAUACUAUCUUCUUCACAGCGAAGCGAGUCACGCCGACUCACUGAGUUUAUCUUCUCUCUGUUGGACCGAGUCGAUCCCCAUGGAAACCGUAAUGAGCUCCUCCUCUGCAACGAUCAUGUCCUCCUCCUCUCCUUUCUCUAAUUUCCCUCUCAAACGAACACUUCCUUCGAGACCUUUCCAUUUCCCUCUCGCUUCCAAAGGUAAAGACAAUGAAUCGAUUAACAAUCCCGAGUCUGAUUCGAAGGAAAUCAAGAGUCUUCCAAUUCUCAGCAAUCGCCAUCUCUCUCUCUCUCCUCUCUCAAAGGAUGUGGCAAUGGGAUUGGUACUGAAUGCAGCUGCGGGGAGAGGGUGGACAACAGGUUCGGGUAUGGAAGGUCCUUCCAACCCUGCUGGGACUGAGACCAAUUCUGUCUCUGAGAAUGUCUCCACUUUGCCAUGGUCUCUGUUCACUAAAUCACCUCGCCGGAGAAUGCGUGUGGCUUUUACUUGUAACAUUUGUGGGCAGAGGACAACACGGGCUAUUAACCCUCAUGCUUAUACCGAUGGCACUGUCUUUGUGCAGUGUUGUGGGUGCAACGCAUUCCAUAAGCUUGUGGAUAAUUUGAAUCUGUUUCAUGAGAUGAAGUGCUAUGUGAGCCCGGAUUUUAAUUACAGAGGUCAAGGUUGGGAUAAUGUUAACUUCAAAUAUCUGGAUACAGAAGAUGGCAAUGACAUAUUUCCUAUCCAGUGAGGGGGAUGGUUGGCCUAUAGAGUAUGUAUAUUCUACACUAGUGGUGGGAUCUCAAUAUAGUUGCCUAUGUAUAUUUUAAUGUUCUUUUAUAGGAACUUUUGAAAAAAAAAAAACUGUAUUAAUUUAUGAGAUGGCUAGGGUUGUAUUAGUAUCAAAUUGGAUUUUUGUGUGUUAUGCGUGUGAUUGUACACACAAUUAAAAAAAUGAAAGAGGAAUAGUGCAUGCAUGUUGCAUUUCUCUUGA